AUGAUUAGGCACUGGAACGUGACAGAAGAUUCAGACCCCGGCAAGUACCAAUACUACUACGAUUUCAUUGAACUGGUGGCUGAUGUGUCGUUCAGAGAAAAUCUGCAGAAUUUCUGGAAGUACCAGUCAGACGAGACCGUCAAGGAAUUGAAUCUGCUGCAACUAGCUUUGUUCGUUCACCCGGAGAUUGAAUUAAAUGUUGUUAUGUCCCAAAAACAGGAAGUUAUCUGGCACCCGGUGAUGACCGAAGUUGGAAUGUGUCUGACAUACAAUUCGAAAUACGCCAAAUAUCAACACAUGCUUCACGACAAGGAAUGGAUCCCGAGUGAGCUCCUCAAGUGUCACUAUCUGAGUGGCCAAUGCUACGUGAGGAUCGACUCCGUAAACAAUGGAGUUAGGUAUUUCAUCCAUUCACCUUUCGAAAUUUCGACGGCCAUUUCAAAUCCGACCGGAGAAGUUUCACCCGGGGAAGAACUUAUCAUUGAUUUUAAGGCCGUGGAGAUAGAAGUGUCUCCAAGCGUCAAGGAAUUGAGGCCGGAACAACGCCGCUGCCGUUAUCCCGACGAGAAACUCAGCGAUUCCAUAAAGGCAUACAGUUUCGCUCUCUGCCAGAUGCAUUGUCGCAGUCGGAUGGCAGUUAUGUUCUGUGGCUGCAGACCAUACUUCCACGUCAAAGGAGGUCUGUAUUCGUUCAUAAGUUACCGUAAUGGCGUCCCAUGCGACGCGCACGGCAUGGCGUGUAUCGGUCGUAACGUCGAGAUCCUUAUCAACAUUCCGAAGAACCUCGCAAAAUGUUCUUGCUUGCCCCAGUGCGCUGAACUCAACUAUUAUUCGCAUACCAAAAAGAUCGUUGUUCGGCGAAUAGCAGGUUUUAUGCUGCAAUAUGCUGAGGCUCGCAUUAUGAUACCUUUUGCAAUGGGACCUGAUGUUUUCUGCAAGUAG